UCUCCUCCUACUGUUUUUUUUUUUACUUUUUUCUCACCUUCCGUUCUUCACUGCUGGAGUCUCUCUCUUGGAAUGUUGUUUCAUUUUCAGUAUUUAAGCGCCUCCACUGCACCUACAUCUCCCCCAUAGCUUCUGAGAACAAAUUUAGGUGUCCUAAAUUCUCUUCUCUUUCUCUCUCUCUGAUCUGUUGUGUGAAAUAUGGCUGACUUGGAUAAUCACUCUACUUCUACUGAUAUUGUUUUGGACUCUGAAGAGGAUCAUAACAAUCAAGAAUCUAAGCUCCAAUUCUCAGAAGAUGAGGAAACACUUAUUGUGAUCAUGUUUAAUCUUGUUGGAGAGAGAUGGUCUUUGAUUGCUGGGAGAAUCCCUGGAAGAACAGCUGAGGAAAUUGAGAAAUACUGGAAUUCAAGAUACUCCACAAGCGAAUGAAAGUUUCUUAUGCAAGCUUAGCUAGCUAGCUAGAUAACUAGUAUGGGGGGUGUAAUUGUGAUAUUGGGUCUCCAAAGAAAUGUGGUGUUUAAGGGAUCUGAAUCUUUCGAGGAUAGGGAGCUUAAGCUCUAAUAUAUGUAAACAUUAUUAACUGAAUUUGACCAAUUAAUGCUAGUUGAUUAAGUCU